GCUCCUCUUACUCAAACAAGACAAGUCGACCUACAUCAAAUCCCGCGACGUGCUCCCGAUGUACGAGGAAGUGAUUGCCGAGGUUGAGAAGCUCAAUGCCGUCCGGAAGGAACAAGACCGCCGGCUGACACAUAACCGACUGGAUUAUGUUCUCGAUGAUUGUUUCCAGUUGAUCUCCCUGCUGUUCUUGACGGUGGGCAGGAAUAAUGAAGCUCCAGCGCUGUACUCGCUUGCGACCACUGUUCAGCGACUCCUCGACCAUCUGGAAGAAGCGGGAUUCUACAGUUCGAAAGACCUGAGUUCGAUCACGAAGACGCUGGCCAACAUGCACGAGACUCUGGAGCGCUGUCGCGAUGCUUACUCGCCUGCCCUGAUCACGCUAUUGGAAAGUCGUCUGGAGAAGUGCCAGUUACAGCUGGAGAAGCUGCAGAGCGGACUCGCCAAGUUGAGCCCGGGCCUAGCCUCAAUUCAUGAGACUCUGGUGUCGGUGCUGCGGUCAACCUCCGCCGUCAACACACGUUCGAAGUUCUCGGCGGCGGAGGUCAACAAUCUGCGCGAACAGCUGAAGAAGAUUCAAGCGAGCAUGAAGGACGGGCAGUUUGUCGAUUUGGAUGGCACACCACUUUCUGGGGCGCAGGAAGCGACCAAAAUACUAUUGGACCGGUGCUGGCGUUGGACGGAGAUCGUUCUGGAGCGGGAAGGCAAGAUUGAUGAGCGCUUCAAGGAGCAGUAUGACCGGCUGAUCGAUAUCAAAAACCAGCUCGAUCGGCUCUCCGUCACCCAGGCGUGGUCCCUCCGCGAGACGGAUCUUUUCGGCUACCAACGGAAACUUGAUCGCAUCGACGAAGCGCGGGUCAAUGGGAAUUUUGUCGACAACGAGGGCAACGUGGCAGAUGUCCAUGCACAAAGGACUCUGCUUUAUCUGAUUCGCAGGAGCUAUGGAUACAUUUACUCCCUCUUGAUUUCGUCCGAACCGGUUUCGGAGGCUUUGUUGCCGGUGUACAAUCAGCUCCAAACGCUGCGCAAGUGCUUGCUGGAGGUGCAAGAAUCAGGCGGGGUGUCUAAUUCGCGCGAACUAUAUCCCUACAGCAUGAAGUUAAAUUCGAUUGACAACAUGCGGGUGGACGGCAAAUUUUACGUGGGAACCGAUAUUCCCGAGGGACAGGGCAGUGUGAAUGCACUAUUGGCGGAAUGCUAUGAUAUCGUGUGGGAACUGCGGGCCGCGGUGACUGACGAGGAGAAAACUGCCUGAGGAGGUUGUGUUAUCAUUAUGAAGUGUACGGAGUAGCUAGUCACUAAUACUAAAGACAGGAAAGGGAGGUGGACUGUUGGCCUGUGGUGUUUCGGCGUACUGAUGAUUGUUUUUGCUCUUGCUUGUUCUCCCUCUUGAUCAAGUUGACAUUGUCUGAUUCAGUGCCUGUGAGUGUACACAGUAGUCACGCAGUACUAAAGAGUACGA